AUGGCGAACACAGGCUUGCAACCAGUCAAUCUGUUCUUGGCUAUCUUUCCAAGCAUUUGUUGCGUUUUCAUUGUGUCCGUUCGCGUCGUAUUGAGGCUUAAGGGAGGGAAGUUGGGUAUCGAAGAUACACUUUUAGUCGUCGCAACUCUUCUGAACCUCGUUCUCUCUUUCACGACAUGCGGCUACAUACUCACCAGCUAUUACGGCUACCACACCCGCGAUAUACCGGAUGGUGCAGUUGAUCCAGUCCUGAUGAUGAAGUGGAACUAUGCAAACUCGGUCAUCUACAACCCUAUUCUUGCUUUGGUCAAAGUCUCGUUCCUGAUGACGCUCAUCAAACUCCGAUCGCAAAACAAGUGGAUAAAUCGUUGUCUAUGGGGAACACUCAUCAUCAAUGGUUGUUUCGCCAUUGCUGCACCUCUCGCUUGUAUCUUCCAAUGCAACCCGAUAUCCAAAUACUGGGAUGCUAGUAUACAAGGGCGAUGCGUUGACGCUGGCGCCUACACGGUCAGCACGUCGUCGAUUGUGCUCACAACCGACGUUCUGGUCCUGCUUAUGCCUUCAUGGAUUCUGCACGACCUGAAGAUGCCACUUGGUCGUAAGCUCAUGGUCAUUGCUUUCUUAUCGUUUGGAGUUCUCGUCACCGUGGUUGGUGCGGUGCGUACGAGUGUUCUCGUCAAGGUGUUUGUCCUGGAACAAUUCAAGGCCGAUCCGACAUACGAAGUUGGCUACACCCUCUCGAACAUCGAGUCUGGUCUUGCGAUCAUCGGAACCUGCGGCCCAACGAUCAAAUACCUUCUCAGUUGCUGCAUCCCUGCGCUCAAGAACGCAGACGAAUCGAGCAAUCGCCAAUACAUCUACCCUACUGUCGGCUCUCAAGGAGACGCUCGUUCGAAACGCUUCACGAGGAACACGAAGACACACAACACGGUCAAAGAAAUGGACGAGAUGGAACUGACCAGUAUGUCUGGCGAAGACAAAAGAGCGUCGACAAAGGGUACACAACGUGGAGAUGCGAUGAUGAUAACGAAGACGGUCGCAUGGACAGUGGACAAUGGCCAGGAUAAAGACUCGAAUAGCACCAACGGCGAACAGAUGCCACGCGGUAUGCUAUGA